GAACCUAAAAUUGAAGCAAAACAAAGGGUCUAAGAUAAAAAGUUAACUGAGAGGUGCAAUACCUGUAAUUUGUUCACAUCAUAUACUGAGUGAAAGCUAUUUUGAUCAAUUAACAACAGCCAAAAGAAAUAAGGCGAGCGACGUUGCUAUGGCAACCGUAUCGAUGUAAUGCAUGACUUUGCCCGAGAGGUGAAGUCUGGUGAGAUUGCCGCUGUAUUUAGGGCCUUGGCCGCUGCCAGCAGGUUCUAAUCAUUUGUUGCACUGUGUCGGCAGCCUUUUCGGCAGCAAGACAAUAUAUUUUGUGGCUUGGUGUUCAGGAUAGAUUUCGCGCCGUUUGCUGUGCUUUUGCACCUUGCAAGAAUCGUCACGGCACCACGAUGGAUAAGCCUCAAAUCAUUACCCAUCUGGAGAAAUCGUUGAAUCACACGCUUUUCGACGUUCUUUGGAUCCCCAGCUCUGCAAAGUUCGUUACACUCGGCUCUUCAACAAGAGCUAAAGGUACGCUUCAGAUAUUUGAAUUGGGAUUAGACAAGCUUGAAACCAUCUCAGAUCUCGAGAAGCCACACGAUCUCAAAUGUGGCACAUUCGGCGGCUCUAGUCUAGCCGACCGGCAUCUCGCUACUGGCGAUGCAGAAGGCUCUCUUCAGACUUGGGACCUUGAACACCUCAGUAAACCUGUGUUUUCUGUUCGGGCGCAUCAACAGAUGAUCAACUCGCUGGACGGUGUGGGCGGUGCCGGAAGGCAGCAGGGCGCCCCGGAACUGGUCACUGGCGGCAGGGACGGCAGCGUCAAAGUCUGGGACGUGCGACAGGAGGUGCCGGUGGCGGUGAUGGAGCCAGCCGAGGGCGAGCCGCGCAGGGACUGCUGGACGGUGGCGUUCGGCAACAGCUACAACACCGAGGAGCGCUGCGUCUGCGCCGGCUACGACAACGGCGACAUCAAGCUCUUUGACCUGCGCGCCAUGAAGGUGCGCUGGGAGACAAACGUCAAGAACGGCGUCUGCUGCGUCCAGUUCGACCGGCGCGACAUCGAGAUGAACAAGAUUGUGGCCACCACGCUCGAGUCGGGCGUCCUUGUGUUCGAUGGCCGCACACAACACCCCGAGCGAGGCCUCACGUGUCUCCGCGAGCGGGCGCACAAGUCGACCGUCUGGUGCGUGCGCCACCUGCCCCAGAACCGCGACAUCUUCAUGACGUGCGGCGGCAGCGGCUCUCUGAACCUGUGGCAGUACACGUACCCGGCCAAGCGUCGUGACCGGGACGCCGGCGGCGAUUUCGGCGUGAUGGGCACGCUGACGCAGCUGCAGGGUGGCAUCGUCUCGUCGCAGCCCGUCUCGGCGCUCGACUGGUCGCCGGACAAGCGCGGCCUGUGCGCCUGCAUCGCCUUCGACCAGACCGUGCGGGUGCUGAUAGUGACAAAACUGCAGCUCUACGGGUAGGCUGGCCGCCGGACCCGUCGGGAUGACGAGGCUGCAGCUCAGCCAAUCGAUUGCCAUCCUGAGGUGUCGACUGAUUGAGCGUUGAAACGCAGUUUGCUUCUGUCAGCGACAGUUCUGCGAACAAGCGUCAACAGUGAUAUUUACGAAUCGCGAACUCGUGUGAUAAGCCCAGCUGUCGUGUUCUGAGGAUAACAUCAUAUGAAGUGAACAAGAUUGAAAGUGACUGAUUGCGAAUGGGCUGCACCAAGCACCGCUGUUGGCGAUCGUCCUAGCUAGAUGGCGACUGCCGUAUUCCUUGCAAUGAAAACGGCACUCAUAUUUCACGCUUGUGUUGUUGAAUGCCCACCCAGUUAAACAGUAGCAUAUGGCUUUGGUCUUUAUUGACACAUACAAGGAAAAGCCGCACAACA